AUGAGCGAUACUACUAAAAAGGUUUUUAUUCAAAAAGAUCGAGUUCAACGCGCUAAGGCUGGUCGUGUCAAGAAUUGGAAGUGUUGUUUUCCCGGUUGUGACCAACCUCCAAAGACGAGAUUCAACUGUUAUGCCCAUACAUGGGAUACACAUUUGCGAUACGCUCGUUCCGCCGGUUCAAGUGAGCUCCCGCAAUGCUUCAAAGAUAUUCCAAACAAAGAAGAAGUCAAGAAAUUGUGUGACCCGUAUAUGGUCAAAUUAGUGACGUCGCCGUACCCAUUCGAUUUUGAGUCAAAAAUCGACGAUCUCAAAAAUGACAGAGAAACUAUUAUUAAUAAUACUUCUAUUAAAAAGGAAACUAUACCCGAUGAGCGUGUUUCACCGAACACUUCGACGGUUCCUCCACAGACCGAAGCCAUCGUCCCCGCCGAUAACAUCAUUCAAAUGCCUUUGCAGAGUGCUCCAAUAGACCAGAAAUUUUUGGAGAUUGUCCAGAUGGGCCAGGCAGUGAAACAACUCCAUGUGUUAGGAGAGGUCUUUGCGGAGAAUGGAUUUUUGACGCGGAGCGAUGAGCGGGCGAAGGAGAAGAUUCAAAGCAUUAACAACUCGUUGGACACAAUCAUGAAGCUGCGGGGAGUCAAGUAUCGGUACCGAGGAAUGGACAAAAUCAAGUUUGGAUUUAUAGCACAAGAAUUGAGAGAUGUGAUUCCAGAUUUAGUGAGAGAAGAUGAGAAAGGCCUUUUCAUUGACACAGAAGGGAUUUUGCCGUUUUUAGUCGAAUCGUUGAAGGAAUUGAGUAAGACUGUGAUUGAAUACAAGGCACAAAAUGAAGAACUCGGAGAAUUACAGAGAAGGGUCGACGACGCGUUCCGACACCUCGACGAGAUUAGAGAGAAUGAGAGAGUUGACGCGAAUGGAUUGAAAAAGAAAAGUCAAGAUUGUGGGGGACGGAAUGACGAGGAAUUUGGGGAGGGAAAUUCAGAGGAAAAGGAGAAAGACGCGAAAAAAGUCAGAGUCAUCGACACCGUCUGGGGAAAGGUUAAAACACUACUUGGACCACCCCCAUUUGUACUAUUCGCGUUCUUGUUUUCAGUAUUCUUUUUGGUGAUCGUACCAUCAAUAUUCACACGGUUUUACUUCAUCAUUGUGUUCUUCAUUGUGUUAAGCGCAGCAGCUUUGUUUGGGGUUGUGUUCAACAGGAAAGAGAUUGUGAAAUUUCUAAAGGAGGGGAAGUCGUUCUUCCCAUCAUUUUUGGGGUGGGAGCUGUAUCAAAUCGUCACGUGGUAUAUUAUUUUUUCAAUAUUCAUGUGCUUGGUGAUGCUCACACUUGUCAUUGGAUCGUAUGUAUGUAUACUGGUGGGUUUAUAUGCGUUUGCUGCGUUCCUCUCACUUGCGCUUGUAUUUUUCAUUUGGAACAACACGCAAAAAUGCCUUCCAAAACAAGUUCUAGUGAUUCCAUUGGUCAUUCUCCAGGCACUUGCUAUCACUUCUUUGGUGCUUUCUGUUAUUUACCAACCAUUCAAUGAGAACAUGCCCUUUCACAAUUCAUUGAGUAAUUACAACAUCAUUAUAUCGGAAAACGUUAAAGUUGAUCAAUCGAUGAUACCAAUUUCUUGGAAUUGUUUUAAACCCAAAUUCAGGACUGAGCCGGAGCUUCCCAAAGGGCUGGGUAUCGAAAUAGAAGAGACGGAAAUCCCGUACAUUCGCGGUGUAAUAGAAACAGUCGACUACGAAAAGUAUUCCAAUUCUUCAAACAACGUAACGGUGGACUUGGUGUGCAGUGGAUAUCUUGUUUUGAAAUACCCCAACGUCACGAUUCACAACUGUGGCAUUAAACUCAAAAGUGACAAGUGUGCAACACCAGAGUGCUCUUUCUGUGUUAUGGAAACCCAGGAUAAUAGUUGGUGUUCUCCCUGUGAUAAAUUACAAAACUUUAUGUGUAGGAAGAACGGAGGUACACCAUCAUGCAGCUUGUAA